UUUACCAAUAUCUUACGGGAGUUCUAAUUUCAGGGCGAUGCACGAAGAGCACCCAAGCGCUUGGCAAAAGAGCCAAGAUCAAGGACAGGAAGGUACUACAGGCGGCAAAGAGAGGAACCUAAAGAAGAUUUUGAACUAGAUUCAUCAUCUUCCUUUUAUUCUUCGUUUCGUCAAGGGACAGAGUAUUUCAAGGAGCAACAAGAGAGAGCUGAAAAAGAUUUUCUACCUAGUUCAUCAUCUUCUAAUUCUUCGUUCGACGAUCCUGGUUCUCCGUCACGUCAUUGCACCCCUCUCAAAAGUCUAAUAGAGCAGUCGUCUUUCAAUUUCUCAUUAAAUGAUCCUGCUUCUCCGUUACGCCACAGCACCCCUCUCAAAAGCCAAAUAGAGCAGUCCAAUUCCAAACUCAGCUAUAUUGAAGAAUCUACUUGCAAUGUUUCUUUUCCAGUAUCCAAUUUUGAUGUUACCUUUGCUGCUGAUCAGGGAAGUGUUGAUGAGUUGAAUUCCACCAUUAAGGGACAAGAGGAAAAUUUUGAAAAUUAUACGAUCGUAGAUCCUUUGCCAAAUGAUGUGGGUGAUUUUGAUGAUACUCAGCGUGUAAACGUUGACGUGUCUGACUUUCUACAUUCAUCUGAUGAAGAAGAUGUAAGUGACGAUGAUGAUGUUAACGGAUUCAUUAAUUACUGUCUUGACAAUUCUGAGCGUGAAAAUGAUGACGUCCAUCACCUUUUGCAGUCAUCUGACGAUGAAGAUGUAAAUGUGGAUGAUUCUCAGCGCGAAAAUGUUAAUGUGUCUGACAUAUUACAUUCAACUGAUGAAGAACAUCUACGCGAUAUCGAUUUAAACGAAUUUAUUAAUUAUUGUGAAAGUCAAGAGUCACCGUCAACAGAAGAGGCAGACCCGCACCUAUCUGAAAUGAAGAAGUUUCUCAGAGAAUGGUCCUCCAAGAAUUCUAUUUCGCUUCUGGCCUUGUCAGAAUUGGCAAAAGGUCUCAAAGAAACCCAUCCAACGUGCUUCUCUAAACUCCCUACUGACGGGCGAACUAUCAUGGGAACGUUCGUACAUAAACUUGAUGUAAAACAAGUUCCUCCAGGGGAAUACGUCCACCUCUGGAUCAAGAAACAGCUUGAAUUUGCAGGAUCCCUAAUAUCUGAAAAUGUAGAUUCAUUUGGACUACUUUUCAACAUUGAUGGGGUCAAAAUUUAUAAACAUACUAAAUCAUCGUUGUAUGUAAUCUUAAUGACAAUCCCAACCUGUAGAUCUUUGAAAAACAAGGUAUUUCCUGUCGGUUUGUAUUACGGUCCAGGCAAACCGAAAAAUAUGGCCGUUUUUCUCAGACCGUUUAUCGAUGAAAUGAUAUCACUGUUAAUAGGAAAUAAUUUUUGCCUAGACCAGAAAGUAGUUAAAAUACUGCUUUUAGGUUUUUGUUGUGAUACCCCUGCAAGGAGUGAGAUACUGGAAACAGUAGGUCACACUGGUUUCUAUAGCUGCUUCAGAUGCACAACCCAAGGAAAAAGUGUAUCUACUGAAAGAGUUGCCAAAGGCCACAAAAGAAAACGAGGCAAGGCUAAAAAAGGUAAGGGGAGCAAGCGUGUUUUUCUUGCUGUGAACGAUCCUCCUAGAGAGGACUUUGCUUUUCGCAACAAAAUGUACCCAAAAUUCCAGCCAGCCAAUCGGCAAUUAUCACCUUUGGUCGAGAUUCCUGGCCUUCACUUUACCCGGUCUUUCAUACUUGACCCAAUGCAUCUUGUUUUCAUUGGAGUAACUCGACACCUCCUUGCGUUAUUGUUCUUAGCCGGUCCCUACAUGCUUAAACCCUCUUUGCGAAUGCAAGUGCAAAGGAAACUUGAAGAAAGUAUUCCUUUCAUUCCGUCAGACUUUCCUAGAAAACCGACUGACAUUAGAAAUGUUGGAGGGUGUAAAGCAACCGAGAGUCGAUUAUAUCUUUUAUACCUAGGCCCUGUGAUUUUAAAAAACUCUCUUGACAAAGAAAGAUACGUUCAUUUUAUGGAGUUGACUAUCGCAAUGAGAAUUUACCACCAUGUUUCAUUCUGCGCCAAUGAUGAAGCAAGAAAAUAUGCCGGAGAGUUGCUGAGGCAUUUUGUUUGGCGAUUUCCACAAUUGUAUGGAGAAGUCAAUGUUUCACACAAUGUUCACUCUUUACAACAUCUUCCAGAAGACAUAGAAUGGUAUAGAGAUAGCAUCCCAGAUUUUACUGCAAAUGAUAUUUCUGCAUGGGCACCAGAAAACUUCAAUCAAUUUUUCCGCCGGUUUACUCGCGGAUAUGCGAAAACAUUGCAGCAAAACGUCAGAAGGCUUGGAGAGCUCUUCCAAACUGACUUCUGGCGUAAUAAAUACAAAGAGAACAGCACUUCAUCAGACAUUCAGUUUCAAGACGAACACAAAACAGGGCCAAUGAUCACUUCUCUUAAGGGUCGACAGUUCAAGAAAGCAACUUUCCCAAAUUUCCAAUUGUGCGUAAACCAGGCUGACUCAACUUGCGGGACACAAAGUGGUGAUGUUAUCACGGUCUUAAAUUUUGUCAUUGAUACGAUAACAAGAGAAAAAUUCAUUCUUGGAAAAAAAUUCGAAUUGAAAAGUGAGUUUUUUAGCGACCCAUUGCCAGAAAGCACGAGAUUCGGAAUUUCCAAAGUGUCAAGACUUUCAAGCAAAGUUCAUAAAUGGCCGGCCUCUUCUAUCACAUCAAAAUUUAUCAAAAUUCCAUACGUCAAAGAUGAAACAAUUCCUCAGCAGCACAGACAAAAAGAAUAUGUUGUCCUUCCUAUUCUUCACUCCAACGCUGGGCCCUCUACCUCUUAAAGUCAUUAUAUCACAGCAUCACAGCUAUCUAUACACAUCAUGGAAAAGGCAAACAAGGAGGGUCGUGGACCCUGAUCGAAUUCCUGGACAGCCAAGAAAAUCCCUGCUUCGACGCUGUUCCUGACAAAUGGCUGAACACCGAGAAAACCGAAUGUUACUACCCAGAUCCAGAC